UGAAUUUCGGCUGUGCCCAGUGUAGCACGUUUCUCUCUCUCCCCUCCUUUCUCCUUCCCUCUAGCCUCCGGUGUCUGUCUCCGGGAUUUCUCUCUCCCUAUUUCAGGAGGACUCUCACAGGCUCCUUCAGCCUGUGUGAAGCGGGGGUUUCCCCUGGAUCCCGUUUAUCCCCGACACAUACCUCCACGCACACGCGUCCCCAAGAACCCGCGCUCGCCCCGACACGCACUCGCACUCGCCUGUCCACCUCCCUCCCCGGGAGCGCCGGCGCGCGUUCCCACCUUCGCCGCACGCUCGGGCGAGCCGAGCUCGCAGCGCUCCUCGAUUCUGCGGCUCGGAAGUCGGAUCGCGGCUCUGAACCCCCGUGGUGGUUUUUUAAACAUUUCUUUGCCUCCUCUCCCUCGUUUUUUAUUGCACCGUUUUCGACCUGGGGGGCUAGAGGAGCAAGGCGGCUGCUUCCCCAGCCAGCCCUGGUCGGCUUGCCAUCCUCCAUCUGGCUUAUAAAAGUUUGCAGAGCGCAGUCCAGAGGGCUGCGCUGCUCGUCCCCUCGGCUGGCGGAAGGGGGUGACGCUGGGCAGCGGCGAGGAGCGCGCCGCUGGCUCUGGCGGGCUUUCGGCUCGAGGGGCGAGGUGAAGAGCGCACGGGCCCUGGGGUUUGCCGAGCUGGAUCUGCACGCUGCACCAUGCCUUCUUGGAUCGGGGCUGUGAUUCUUCCCCUCUCCGGGCUGCUGCUGUCCCUCCCAGCCGGGGCGGAGGUGAAGGCUCGGAGCUGCGGCGAGGUCCGCCAGGCGUACGGUGCCAAGGGAUUCAGCCUGGCGGACAUCCCCUACCAGGAGAUCGCAGGGGAACACUUAAGAAUCUGCCCUCAAGAAUAUACAUGCUGCACCACAGAAAUGGAAGACAAAUUAAGCCAGCAAAGCAAACUCGAGUUUGAAAACCUCGUGGAAGAGACGAGCCAUUUUGUACGCACCACAUUCGUGUCCAGGCACAAGAAGUUUGACGAAUUUUUCCGAGAGCUCCUGGAGAAUGCAGAGAAGUCACUGAAUGAUAUGUUUGUACGGACCUACGGAAUGCUGUACAUGCAGAAUUCAGAAGUGUUCCAGGACCUUUUCACGGAGCUGAAAAGAUAUUAUACCGGGGGCAAUGUAAAUCUGGAGGAGAUGCUCAAUGACUUCUGGGCUCGGCUCCUGGAACGGAUGUUCCAGCUGAUAAACCCACAGUAUCACUUCAGCGAGGACUACCUGGAAUGUGUGAGCAAAUACACAGACCAGCUGAAGCCCUUUGGAGAUGUACCCCGGAAACUGAAAAUUCAGGUCACCCGCGCCUUCAUUGCUGCCCGGACUUUUGUCCAGGGGCUAACUGUGGGCAGAGAAGUUGCAAACCGAGUUUCCAAGGUCAGCCCGACCCCGGGGUGCAUCCGAGCCCUCAUGAAGAUGCUGUACUGCCCGUACUGCCGAGGGCUUCCCACCGUGAGACCUUGCAAGAACUACUGCCUCAACGUCAUGAAGGGCUGCCUGGCCAACCAGGCUGAUCUGGACACCGAAUGGAAUCUGUUCAUAGAUGCGAUGCUCUUGGUGGCAGAGCGACUGGAAGGACCAUUCAACAUUGAGUCUGUCAUGGACCCAAUAGAUGUCAAGAUCUCCGAAGCCAUUAUGAACAUGCAGGAAAACAGCAUGCAGGUGUCUGCAAAGGUCUUUCAGGGGUGUGGCCAACCCAAACCUGCUCCAGCCCUCCGAUCUGCUCGCUCAGCUCCUGAAAAUUUUAAUACGCGGUUCAGGCCUUACAAUCCUGAGGAGAGACCCACAACUGCUGCAGGCACGAGCUUGGACCGGCUGGUCACAGACAUAAAAGAGAAACUGAAGCUCUCUAAAAAGGUCUGGUCGGCAUUGCCCUACACCAUCUGCAAGGAUGAGAGCAUGACAGCAGGUGCAGCCAACGAAGAGGAGUGCUGGAAUGGGCACAGCAAAGCCAGAUACUUGCCCGAAAUCAUGAACGAUGGGCUGACCAACCAGAUUAACAACCCGGAGGUCGACGUGGACAUCACACGGCCCGACACUUUCAUCAGGCAGCAGAUCAUGGCUCUCCGUGUGAUGACCAACAAACUAAAGAAUGCAUACAAUGGCAAUGAUGUCAACUUCCAGGACACAAGCGAUGAAUCCAGCGGCUCGGGGAGUGGCAGUGGGUGCAUGGAUGAUGUGUGUCCCACGGAGUUUGAGUUCGUCACCACAGAGGCCCCCGCGGUGGACCCCGACCGGAGAGAGGUGGACUCUUCGGCAGCCCAGCCCAGCCACUCCCUGCUCUCAGGAUCUCUGGUCUGCAUCGUCCUGGCACUGCAGAGACUGUGCAGAUAAUCCUGGGUGUUUGGUCAGAUGAAACUGCAUUUUAGCUAUCUGAAUGGCCAACUCACUUCUUUUCUUACACUCUUGGACAAUGGACCAUGCCACAAAAACUUACCCGUUUUCUAUGAGAAGAGACAGUACUGCACUCUGCCUCCCUUUCUGUUUGCCCAAAGAGUACUGGGUGCCACACUGGACUGCUUCCUCUUUCCUUCAGCUCUCUGUGGGGACCUUGUUUAUUCUAGAGAAUUCUUAACUCAAAUCUUUCAUACCAGGAGAUUUUCUUACCUUCAUUUGCUUUUAUGCUGCAGAAGUAAAGGAAUCUCACGUUGUGAGUUUUUUUUUUUUCCUGUUUAAAAAAAAAAAAAAAGGCAGGAAGAAAAUAAUUUCCCUUGUAAAAUCAGGCCAAACCCCCAAGACAACUGCACUUUCUACAAAGGAGCCAAUAAGAGAGAAAAAUAAAAAAACUUUAACACUGUAAGUUCAGCAUUGCCAGCUGACUCCCAGUAUAAGCUUUUCUGUGAUGAAUCGGGUUUACAAAAUGCUUUCGGGGAGAAAGUUUGAGAUUUUUUUUUAACGUGGUGAAAAUACAGUGUUGUCUUGGAGGUAUUGUCUUGCACUCUAUCCACACAAUACCAAAUUGAAUUGGGGGUACUGAUACUAAAUUUAGAACUCCAUCGUUAACAUGAGAGCAAAAUUGCCAUGACCCAGCACCUCUCUCUCACCUUGCCCAAUUUCAAUUUCAAUGAUGGCACCAUUUUCCUUAAUUCUCUUAAUGUCUGUCCCCUGUAUCCAAUUGGCACAGAUUUUUCUCUUCAUCUCCAGCUACUAGUGGACAUUCCCAUCAAUUCAUCCUCCUUAAGGGUCUGAAUUGAAAAUAAUCUUCUGUGAUACAGUGGCUUUGCUUUAGCCACAGGUUGAACGUUAAUUCGACAUUUCUGCCCCUGUGCUCAUUACCGUCCCCAAAUAAGAGUUCUUUUAAUGAACUCAUAAGCAAUUUGAUCCAUAAGUGAGUUUUCAUGUUUAACAGUUUGCUUUGUGUCAGUUGGUUUCUGCAUCACAAGGGCAUUCUCUUACAAAAUAACUCACAACAAAAACCGUCAAGACAAAAAAAAAAAAAAUAUAUAUAUAUAUAUAUAUAUAGUAUUGACAUGGAGAUUUCUUUCACUUUUUUAGUCUUAGUAUGAUCAUCUAUUUUUAUAUCUCUCUAUAUAUAUAUAAAUCACAGAUUUUAACUUCUUAAUUCCAAGCUCAGGGUUGACACACCUUUGUAACGAAAAUGUUUUGUCAACCACCUCUUCUUGUUUUGUGCUGCUCAGAGAAGGGAUUCCUCAACGAUCUGUGAGCACCAAGAAUCAAGAAAGAGAACUUUUUACGUAUCUAAUUGUCCGUUUCUUAAAAGUUUGCCAGGGCACACCCUUUUUUGCAUGAGCGUGCUUUGUCCUGGGUGCUCCAGAUGGUACCGGGCUCACGGGGGGAGCCAUGGGUGUGCAGGACUGUCCUGGUGAUGGAAACUGUAGAAUGGUGUAUACACGCAAAACCAUUGCUUCCAUGUACGCCUUCAGCCUAGGAUUCCCGCUUGGCACUUGGACUUGGACAUAGGACCUAACUCAAGAGGCCCCUUAGAGCCACAAGCCUAACUGACCCUCCAAGUGUACCAAAGCCAGGCCCUUAUGCUCCCCUUGGUAGAGAGAAGCAAAAUAAACCAAACUGGGGCUUUAUUCAUAUAGUUGGCUCUCCAUGUGUUUCUUGGUUUUGAUGAUGAUCUGGGGUUGGGAAAAGUAAUGUUUCAAGACACCACCGUAUGCCAGUCACAUUUUAUUUAACCCAUUGGCAGAAAUGGCGUGUAAAUGGUAUUUUUUUAUCUUUGCUCUCAUCAAAAUUAUAAUUAGUUAUUGAUUUAGUCGUCACAUUUAAGUAGAACACAUGCGGCACAAUAGUAUUAAGUAUAUUUGAGCACUUUUGCAAAACUGCAAAGUAUUUAGAAGCAUCUAUUGCUAUUUUAUGCCUAGGGAAAUAUAAAAAGUAGGAUUCUAUGAGACUUUGUGGCAUCUUUUCAUUUAAAUCUUUAUGAAAUUAACACCUAAUCUAAUUCAGCAUUGCAUACUUCUAGAAAACCAUCCAUUUCACUGCCAAACUUCGGCUUCCUAUCACCAAUUACACAGAAAACAUCUCUAUGAAGGACCAAUCAUUUACAUUGCCCAUUUCAUUGUAUGUUCAGAAAUCAGUAUUGUCUUUUUCCAAUAAUUAAGGUGCAAUACCAAUUAAAUCAAUUUUGAUUUUCCAGAAUAUUUGAGUAAUAACUUGUUUUUAUGGCUUUAAACUCCAAGUCUUUCCUUUUUUCAGUAUUUCUGCAUUGUCUUCUGUGAAGUAGAGCAGAAUGCCUUGUUUCCUCUGUGCUUUCACCCCCAAAAGGCUUUGUGCAUGUGUAUGAAUACACGUUAUAUUAAUGAAUGUGAACCCAUGCUCCGUAUACACUAAACACACAGAUAAUAUAUAAACGCCUGCUUCAUUUGUUUCAACACCUUCACGAUUGAUACUAUUCAUAUUGGUGAGAUAACAGUGAUCCAUACGAGCCAGGCAGAGAGCUGAAAUGACUAUCAGUUAAUGAUGCCACAACAUUCAUCCCCUGCAUGGAUGUGGUCAAAAUACUAUUCAAAUCGCACUUCCUAGCUUUUAUCAUCAUCCGACUGUGUUGUAUGAUUUUCAGACCAAUGUAACAUGAGACUUGUUUUCUGUCCUAAGGGAAUUAGUUUAAUCUAGUUAUCCCAUUUCAGUAAGUAUUUCAGCAUUCCUCCUCUCCCCCACCCCCUGCCACGUUAAUUUCUCUCGUCUAAACAUAGCCAUGGGGGAUGAGAGGAUGCUCCAUUAUUUCUCCCGAUCUGCCCUCAUUUGCUUUGAUGUCCCCUAAAUUCUCUAAUCACAUCACAACCUCUGUUAGGAGUAGGGAGGAAUGGGCUCACUGAAAUCAGACACUAGAAAUUGUUGGGUGAUGCUCAUGACCGCAAACACUUAGCUUUAUUGAAGUGCCUCUCUUUACAUGUUCUUUAGUUAUAAUAUGUAUUUUUCUAACAGAAAUACACGUCUGUAACUGGUGUAUAUUAUACUUUGUAUAUGUUAUAACAAAAGCUAAACAGAGGCUAAAGUCUUUAGCAGAGAAGAAUGAAUUGCAAAUUCAUGAAUAAGAGCUCUGCUUAUGGUUCUGUAUCGAAGGGUAACCAUGACAGCCUUCUGUCACCUUAAUGAAGAUCAAGUGGGUACUUUGAUGACCGCCAUCAUAGAAAAACGUUACCACUAGCGAUCGGACUCCCUUACGGUGAUUUACCCAGAGAAGUAACUGGUAUUACCUACUUCCAUUGUAAGGGAUAGGAAAUAUUACUUUGUCUACACUGAAAAACACUAUUAAGUAGUAAUUGUAAAAGUAACAUUCUGUAAAUCAAACAUAUUGAAAAUAUUACUGGACACAGAACCCUGAUAUUUAAUUUAUAUUCCCUGCUGCAGACAUUAGCCUACUUUAAUGCUUUAGCCAUUACAUACAUGUUUUGGCUACACACUGAACACCAACUAAAGUCCCCAAGGAGGAAUAGAAACUUAGCAAAUUCCUGAGUUGUGAACUCUUUUAUGGCUUCUCUCCGCAAGGCUAAUUAUCAGGUGGUUUGAUUACAGGUGGAAGUGUUAGCAAAUGUAAGUUUUGACUUAUCCAAAACUUGCAGAAAUACCAACUCAUUUUUAUUUACUUACAGUCACUAAUAGACCUGACUUUUAACUUAAAAGAGGGUGUGUGUGGGGAGUGGGGGGGGGCAGUUUAGCUUUGCCAAGAGAAGAGUAAAGGAGACCAUAACUUAUACAUUUGCAACGUGUUUCUCCUUGGUGGAGACAUUAGCCAGUGUUUAGUUUCAGGCCAAGUUAUACAAAUAGAGUAUUGAUUUGUAUGCAUUCUGGAGCCUUGCUGCAUCACGGUUUGCUAUGGCGUGGGACUCAGCCUAGCCUGGGGCUAUUUGAACCUCAUUCAGAGUUGAGUAGUUACUCGAAUCUUUGACAUUGCCUUGUAAUGAGGUACUUCCAUGAGAAGACCCCUGACGAUGGAUUAACAGUGAGGUCUCUGUGUGCAUAUGCAUAAUAUAUAUGCAGGACAAAUGUGUGCACCAAUCAAACCUAAAAUUUUAUGUGACUGUCAAAUGAGUAUUACUUGGGUUAAGAUUUUUCAUUUCUGAUUUGGAUAGAAAAUUGCUAUUAAUCUUGUAUUAAAAUAGUUUUUAAAAAUCUA